ACCGAUAACUGAUAGAUCGUAGAAUGCCGCACAAGCCGCAAAUCACCUUCGAUGACAAACUCAAAGUGUGGAGUGGAGGCGAACGAUCUAACUAUUUCGCAUCUCAUCUCUCCAUUGGAGAGAUUAUCUUCAGGGAAAUGGAAAGGCACCCUAAGCUCAUUGCUCAGAUCUCAGCCACAGAGAAGACCAUUUUGACCAGGGAAGAGGUUCGUCUCAAUGCGAUGCGAGUGGCUAGCUACAUGCGGCGACUUGGCUUAAAGCAAACGGAUAUUGUGGGACUCAUAGCCAGGAACACCACGCAUCUGGUGGCCGUGGCCUAUGCCUGCUUCUUCAAUGGGAUGCCGUUCCACUCGCUGAACAUCUCCUACGAGCAGGAAACCAUUGAGAAGCUGUUCAGCAUCACCAGACCCCGACUGAUCUUCUGCGAUGGAGAUGAGUACGAGAGAGUGGUGGCAGCCACCGAAACCCUCAAGCUGGAUGCCACAAUCAUAACCAUGCGUAAUCACCCACUGAGUUCUCUUCGUAUUCAGGAUAUUCUGACCACACCCAUUGAGGAGAACUUUCAGCCAUCCCAUCUGGAGCAAGGCCCCGACCAGACUUUGGCGAUUCUUUGCUCUUCUGGUACCACGGGCGUACCCAAGGCGGUUACUGUAACCAACAGUCAACAGAUUCUCUUGACCUUUUUUCGUCUGACCUCCAAUGAUGUGCAGUAUACACACAGCACACUGGACUGGAUAUCGGGUCUUAUUACCAUCAUAAGCGCUGGGGUAUUCAGCGUAACAAGCAUUAUUGCCGACAAUGUCUUCGAUCCUGCCUUCGUGUGUCGCAUGAUCGAGGAGUACAAGAUCACAUUCAUCUUUCAAUGCCCCUCCCACAUGGCCAUGCUGGCCAACAGUCCGGAGUUCGAUGAAGCUGAUCUGUCCAGCAUUCGGUUCUACAUUUAUGGCGGAUCCAACUGCUCCUUGAAGGUGCAGAACCGUAUUCGUAGUCGCCUUAGCCACGACUGCCUGCACUUUGCAUACGCGGUGACGGAGCUGAACAGCGUGGGCUGCACAAAUCUUCACUUUGAUGAGAAACCCAACUCCGUGGGGCGGCCGAUUCGAGGCAUCAGUCUAAAGAUAAUCAAUGAACAGGACGAGGCCCUUGGACCAAAUGAAACGGGUCAAGUCUGCUUCCAUAAUGGCCAGAAUUGGUCGGGGUAUUACGGAAAUCCCGAGGAGACUCGCAUAAUUCAGGACGCCCAGAUGUGGCUGCACACUGGGGAUCUGGGGUACAUGGACGAUGAUGGCUUCCUGUACAUAAUUGAUCGGCAAAAGGACAUGCUCAAGUACCACAACAUCAUGUACUAUCCCAAUGAAAUAGAGACAGUCAUCUCCCAGAUGCCCAACGUGGCCGAGGUCUGUGUUUUCGGAGUGUGGGAUGAGGUCAAUGGAGAUGAGGCCGCAGCUUCGGUGGUAAAGAGACAUGGAACCAAUCUGCACGCCCAGGAUGUUGUGGACUACGUCAAAGACUCAACCGAUGCCAAGUACAAGCAACUGAAUGCAGGAGCCAUCAUUGUGGAUGAUCUGAAGCGCAGUGCCAAUGGGAAAACCAAUCGACAUGCAACCAAGGCACACUUCCUGGAGGUCACCAAUAGGAGAGCUUAGGGAGAACAUUCGAUACAGGGGUAAUUGGAUAGUGAUAUUAGAUUCGAUAUAAAGAAAUCGUUUGAGGUGUAAAUACAAGACCUAAGAAUUUAAAUUUAUUUGAGCAAAAAUACCUAAAAUACUCCUGUUAUUGUAAUCGAUUUUUGAUCCACUUAAUAUAUAAACCCUAAUUUCUA